AUGACAAGUACUUGUGCUAUUGAUAGAUCAGAUGCUCCUUAUCCUGAUUUUGUUAUUGACAGUUAUUUUCAUGGUAAAGAAGGAGAUUCAGCGGUUAAUUAUGGUAAAGAUGGUGCAAGUGUUACUACGUCAAAUAUUGAUGAUAAUAAUGAUAAGGAUUCAAGAAAUUUCAAUAUAUUUAGUAAAGAAUUCUUAAAGGAACAUGACUCUUUCAGACAUUAUAUCUAUGCGUCAGAAUUUUUAACCAUUGUUGCUAUUAUCGCUGUUUUUGUUUUAUUGAUUAUCAUUUUAUUUACAUAUGAGGAAGGUAAAGCACAAACUCACAUCAGAAAUAUCCUGUACGUGAUUUCAAUCAUUGAUACUUUUUUAAUUCAGCCAGUUUUAAUGACCAAUGGAAGAAUAAAACAAAAUUUUGGAUCUGGGCUUUAUUUCUUCAAAAGAUUAUUUAUGAAAGUGUCAAAUGUUAAUUAUAAUGAAAAAAUUGCAGAUGAAUUGGCAAUUAUUGCAUUAGAACUUGUUUAA